AUGAGUCGCUUAGAUGACUUUAGAGAAGAUUGUUUCAGAGCACAUAAUGAAAAAAGACUUCUUCAUGGUGUAUGUGCCUUACGACAUAGUCUCGCUUUAGAUAAAACAGCCCAGGAUUGGGCCGAAGCACUAUUGUUGGAAGAUGGGAUAAAAAAUAGUCCACUUUCCAGUCGAGGUGAAGUUGGUGAAAGUAUCAGUGUACGCACAAGCACAGGAACUCAUGUGGACAUGCAAGGUCAUGAAGUCGUAAAUACGUGGCAUUCAGAUGCCGAAAAUUAUAAUUAUGAAAACGGUAAAGGACCUGCAGGUAACUUUACACAACUGGUAUGGAGUUCAACUCGUGAAGUUGGCUUCGGUAAAGCCUGUGGUCCUGGAAAAUGUGUCGUUGUAGCCCACUAUCGUCCUCCAGGAAAUGUACUUGGUCGUUACCUAGAGAAUGUUUUUCGUCCAAAAGAAUCAGUGAAGGAGGGCGUUAAACAACCAAUACGUAACACGUUUGCUUUAAAUAAUGAUACUCCGAAGACAGUUAUUACUGAAACACUGACAGAAAGUGAUGGGAAACAGUACAAUGUUCGAAAAGAGAUCUCUGAAUUGACUGAUGAUAAAGGAAAGACAAGGCGAUGUGUCAACGAAGUGUAUACAGAUGCCUGUAAAGACCAGAAAAAAGCGGAAUCAAGUAUUUCACCAGACGGACAUUUAGUUGAUAAUAGUAAGAAACUCCGAGAAUUCAUUCACUCAGUUGUUCAACUUCAUAAUCAAUAUCGUAGUCAACAUGGUUCCAAUCCUCUAGUACUUGAUCAAGAUCUUUCGAAUAUGGCACAACAAUGGGCUGAUCAUUUGCUUCAACAAUCUCAUUUGUCCAAUAGUGGAUAUGUAUAUCGUGGUAUGAAAGUCGGUGAAAAUUUGGGAAGUCGCUGGUCAAAUGGACCAAUGGAACAUAAUUGCAAAGACCUAAUUGAACAUUGGUAUCAAGAAUCGGAAAAAUAUAAGUUUAACUCUGAGCCGGAUAGUAUCCAGGGUAUAGGUAAUUUUACUCAAAUUGUAUGGUCAAGUUCUGAAAGGAUUGGAGUUGGUAUUGCAAGUCAAUCCUACAAAUCAGGAGAGGACUUGCAUAAAGAUUCGAAACUGAUUUUGGUUUGUUUGUAUCAUCCUCCAGGAAAUGUGACAAGUCAAUUUCAAAAUAAUGUUAAAAAAGCUGCCAAGUAA